AUGCCACGCCGGGGCCGGUCCGGGAGCCGGCAUCGCACCCGCCGCCGAGCGGGCUCGUCGGCACGAAGGCAAAGCCGGAGGUCACGAAGCCGUGCCAGACCGCAGCGCCGGAAGCGGCAGCGUGAGGCGUCUUCAGCAUCCGAUACGAAGCGGAAUGCGGAAGCAGGCAAAAAGACAGAGGGCAAGAAAGUGAAGAAGGUGAAGGACAAAGCUAAAGAGAAGCCGGACAAGGCAGAAAAAGCCGAGAAACCUGAAAAACCGGAGAAGGCUCCAAAGGCUGGCAAAGGCAAAGCUGAGAAGGCCGACGGUGAGAAGGCCUGGGCGCAUCGUCCAGCCCGUGCCGAAGAUGCCAUGUAG